ACUAAAAGAAGACAUUUCAGUCCGCUCAGUGUCAGAUGUGCCUGUGUGCUUGCUGAAUAACAUUAAGAGGUUUGUCUGGACGCUGCUGACUGGGUCAACAGAGGAGACAUGGAAGCUGUGAUUGGACUGCUGCUGAUGUUACUCAGAGUCACUCACGGUGUUGAAACCUCCUGUGAUGGCAGACAGAAUGGAGCUCAGUGUUAUGGAGCUUUGGGAGGAACUGUGGUCCUCCAGCUGAUGGACAGCGCCUCAAAUAUAUUUAAAUACCAAUGGUCAGAUAAAACAGCAACAGUACUUCAUGGGGGUCAGAAUAGGUCUCUGUAUAAUAGGAUAGAAAAGCGAUCUGUGUUUACUGCCAGUAACGGAACAUUUCGGAUCAACAACCUGAGCAGGACUGAUGAUGGUGAAUAUACUCUUACAAUCUUUGAUUCAAAUGGAAAACAAUCAGAGAGGCGGACUUUACAGUUGACCAUUCAAGCUCCUGUGUCCUCUGUCCUGCUGGACACUGAGUGUCUGUCCCAGGGAGAGCUGAGGGUGUCCUGCUCCUCUGAGGGAGGGGACAGUCCUCAGUACAGCUGGACUCUGAAUGGACACACACUGACAGAUGCUCAGCUCUUUUCUGGAAAUAAUGAGACCAACAUCAUCACUCUGAAACAAGGCGUCUCAGGACAACUGGUCUGCUCAGUCGAGAAUCACGUCAGUCGUGUCUCAAAAGAAGAGAGCAUAUCCACCUGUGGCUUCAUAUUCAUUGCCUGCACCUUACCCAAUGGGACAUACAUAUCACAGUGGGUGUUUGAAGCCAAUAACAGUCUGUGUGUCGAGCCAACAACAACAUCAACCUCUCCCACUUCUACUGAGGGUGUUGAAACCUCCUGUGAUGGCAGACAGAAUGGAGCUCAGUGUUAUGGAGCUUUGGGAGGAACUGUGGUCCUCCAGCUGAUGGACAGCGCCUCAAAUAUAGUUAGAUUCCACUGGUCAGAUAAAACAGGAUCAGUACUUGUUGGGGGUCAGAAUAGGUCUCUGCGUAAUAGGAUAGCAAAACGAUCUGUGUUUACUCCCAGUAACGGAACAUUUCGGAUCAACAACCUGAGCAGGACUGAUGAUGGUGAAUAUACUCUUACAAUCUUUGAUUCAAAUGGAAAACAAUCAGAGAAGUGGACUUUACAGUUGACCAUUCAAGCUCCUGUGUCCUCUGUCCUGCUGGACACUGAGUGUCUGUCCCAGGGAGAGCUGAGGGUGUCCUGCUCCUCUGAGGGAGGGGACAGUCCUCAAUACAGCUGGACUCUGAAUGGACACACACUGACAGAUGCUCAGCUCUUUUCUGGAAAUAAUGAGACCAACAUCAUCACUCUGAAACAAGGCGUCUCAGGACAACUGGUCUGCUCAGUCGAGAAUCACAUCAGUCGUGUCUCAAAAGAAGAGAGCAUAUCCACCUGUGCUCGCACUCUGCUCAUCUAUGGUUUGCGAGCAGCUGUGGUGAUUCUCAUAUUCAUUGGGAUCGCCAUCUAUUUUGCUUGGAAGAAGAAGAAACUCAAAAUGGCUGAAGGCUCUGCCGUCCUCCCAGAGGUGGAACAUCAAGAGAACUCUGUUAUGAUGGUUGAAAUGAAACGUUCUGCAUCUGAACUUUAACUUUCUGAAUCCAGUGCCUCAGUGUCGCUUCUCAACCCGCUGUGAUUGGCUGUGUGUUUUUGUGGAUGUGAGAGUUGGUUUUAGAUGUGGAAGUUCUCAAAAUUCACGCACUAUGAAUGCCUUUCCUUUAAAACGACUCAGUAUUUUCUGCAUUUGUAUCACUGGAGGGCAGCACACUGGUGCUGUGGUUACCACUGUUGAAGUUUCAAGGUUUGAA